GGCGCCGCCCCCGGGGGGGGAGACGCCGGCCAGCCGGCCAAUGUGUCCCCGUGGGGAUCCGGACUUCAGCCCCGGAGCAGUCUGGUAGCUCGAUCCCCCUGGAAGAGAGACUGUAAGCAGACUAGAAGAACGCGUUCGGUUCGGGACACCGUUUGCAGCUGGAAAUGGGGAAUGGACUGUCAGACCAGACUUCCAUCCUGUCCAGUCUGCCGUCCUUUCAGUCCCUUCAUGUCGUGAUUCUGGGUCUGGACUGCGCUGGGAAGACAACAGUUCUAUACAGGCUGCAGUUCAAUGAAUUUGUAAAUACGGUGCCUACCAAAGGAUUUAACACGGAGAAAAUUAAGGUAACCUUGGGCAAUUCCAAAACAGUCACUUUUCACUUCUGGGAUGUAGGUGGUCAAGAGAAAUUAAGGCCACUGUGGAAGUCAUAUACCCGAUGCACAGAUGGCAUUGUGUUUGUGGUGGACUCUGUCGAUGUCGAGAGAAUGGAAGAAGCCAAAACUGAACUUCAUAAAAUAACUAGGAUAUCAGAAAAUCAAGGGGUCCCUGUGCUUAUAGUCGCUAACAAGCAAGACCUGAGGAACUCACUGUCUCUUUCAGAAAUUGAGAAAUUGUUAGCCAUGGGUGAACUGAGCUCAUCAACUCCUUGGCAUUUGCAGCCCACCUGUGCAAUCAUAGGAGAUGGACUAAAGGAAGGACUUGAGAAACUACAUGAUAUGAUAAUUAAAAGAAGAAAAAUGUUGCGGCAACAGAAAAAGAAGAGAUGAGUGGCAAUCAAUGCCUUUUUUAUAUCGGUGUGGAAUAGUUUUCCCCGGGCUGAUUUGAUGAGUUGAAGAGUGUCUACAGCCUGGUUUGCCUGCCUGCCCUCCUGGAUGCUAUUAAAGCUUUGUUUUGUUGAACAGUCUGAUGCCCAACUCUGUUGCCUUGGGGAAGAUGAGUAACUGCAAUGCUUCUUGAAGUGGCUUGAAGUGGUCUCUUCUCCCUGACCCACAGAUCUUUUGGUACUACCAUUUUGGGAAGCCAAAAAAGGAUAGUCAUUGAGCAGAAAGCAAUUUUGUGGAAAUAUUUGACCUGAAGUUAGUGAAAUAAAACUUUGAAGAGUGUAUGCCUA